AUGGUUCAGCAAACGGAGCACAGCGAGACGGAGAGUAAUAUGUCCAGGGAGGCUACCGACUCAGAUGAAAGUGAAUUCAUGGCUUGCAGUCCCGGACCGAUGAACCCUGACUGGUGCAAGACAGCCACUGGGCACAUAAAAAGACCCAUGAACGCAUUUAUGGUGUGGUCUAAAAUCGAACGGAGAAAAAUCAUGGAACAAUCUCCGGACAUGCAUAAUGCAGAAAUCUCCAAAAGACUGGGAAAACGUUGGAAAAUGUUGAAGGACAGUGAAAAGAUUCCCUUUAUUAGGGAAGCGGAGAGACUCCGACUGAAACACAUGGCUGAUUAUCCUGAUUACAAAUACAGACCCAAGAAGAAACCAAAGCUCGACAGCUCAAAACCAUCAGCACCGUCUCCGGAGAAGUCUUGUCACAAGAUGGCAAAGACCUCUGGGAAGAAGUGUUCUAAACUGAAGUCUAGUAAGCCGGGCUCAAAAGCGACUCACGGAUACGGAGAUGACUAUGUAUUUAAAAAUAUGAAAGUUUCAAAGACUGUUAAAAGUGAACUCACUGAUGAUGAUGACGACGAUGACUACGAGGAGGACUUUCGCGUCCGGAUUAAACAAGACGACGAGGAGCAAACGAGACCGUACAGUGUAGCAAAAGUUCCUGCAAGUCCAACUUUGAGUUCCUCUGCAGAAUCCGAGGGGGCGAGCAUGUACGAAGAAGUCAGAAAUACAGCCCCGAACAAACUGUUUUACAAUUUCAAGAAUAUUACCAAGCAGAGCACAAUGUAUCCUGCUUCCGUCUCACCAGCAUCAUCUAGGUCAGUUUCCACAUCUUCCAGCUCUAGCGAAGACGCGGACGACUUGCUUUUUGACUUCAGUGUAAAUUUCGCCCCUUCUACACAAGGAACGGAGCUGGGCAACCAAAAUUCAGGAAAUCUCUCCCUUUCUCUGGUGGAUAAAGAUCUGGACUCCUUCAGUGAGGGCAGUCUCGGCUCUCACUUUGAAUUUCCAGACUAUUGCACGCCCGAGCUCAGUGAGAUGAUAGCAGGGGACUGGCUCGAAGCGAACUUUUCUGACUUGGUAUUCACGUACUAA